AGUCAGUUUCAGUCUAUUUCGAAUAUGUGAUCAGAGGAGGUAAUCGAGGUAGUUAAAUAGUUGGCAACACUGCUUCCGGUUUUCAGGCUUGUUGAAUCGAAAUCGACUCGCCGCCAUCAGACGACGUUUUGUUAUUUUACUAUCCGUGUGCCAUUGUCCUUAAUAAGAUACAUUAUUAAGUGUGAUAACGAAUUCGAAAGCAAUUUUCAAUUACUACUAAUUGUAGUCAAAGGCCCCAUUGAUAACCUCAAUAAUCAGUAUUUCGGUGGAACAAAGUUGUCGCGAAUUUUCGUAUUAUACCAAGUUUUUUUUUAAAACAUUGUGUAAGUUUCUUCUAAAAAUAUAAAAAUGAGCUGGCAGGAUUACGUAGACAAUCAACUCUUGGCUUCCGCAUGUGUCUCUAGAGCGGCUAUUGCUGGCCACGAUGGAGGAAUAUGGGCGAAAUCAGAUGGAUUCGAGGUAACCAAAGAAGAACUCGCGAAAUUAGUUCAAGGUUUUGACAAACAAGAAAUUCUAACAAGUGGUGGAGUCACACUAGCAGGACAACGGUAUAUUUACUUAUCAGGUUCCGAUAGAGUAGUCCGAGCCAAACUCGGUAGAAACGGAGUGCACUGUAUGAAAACGCAACAAGCUGUAAUAGUAUCAAUCUAUGAAGAUCCAGUCCAACCACAACAGGCUGCGUCUAUUGUCGAAAAAUUGGGAGAUUAUUUAAUUGCAUGUGGAUACUAGAGAUACAACUACGUCAUCACAUCUAUAUCCGCGACGUUAUUUAUAAUUGAUAAGGAAUGAAAACUCUAUUAAUAAAUAACUCUACUGUUUCUUUCUUUUCUUCGUUCAGAAUUAUUGAUUUUUUCGACUUUAAGUUUCUCUCUUCUUUAUUUUUUAAAUAAUUUUUUUUUAACAAACAAAAAUUGCAUUUUUGUGUGGUGAAUUCUUUAAAAUGAGUCAUAUAAUAAAAUUCAAACAAAAUACAAUUCAUUUGUGAGCAUGAGCAAUAACAGCUCAAUUUUUGAUAAAAUAAAAUCAUAAAAAAAAAUUGAAAAAAAAUCAUCUUAAUCAUAAAAUUAUUUAAAAAAAUAAAAAAAGGAAAAAUAAUAAUUGUAAGACAACAUCAAAGAAAACAAAAAUUUAUGUCCAAGAGAAUAAAAAAGCAAACAAAUUGAGCCACAAAAAUCAAAUUCAGCGACAUAAAUACUUUUGUGUGUAAGACUUUGGGUAUAGAAAAUUUUUGUUUUUUUUUACUUCUCCUUUUUGAUGUAGAAACACCAGAAAACGUCGCCUGAAACGACGGAGUGGGGUUUUUUGUUUUAUGUGUAUGGAAAAAAUAUCUAAUUUUAAGGACAUUGGUUUUCGUAUCAACGAUGCGUGCAGACGAUGAUCAAAGUUUUAAAUAAAAAAAGAAAGAAAAGAAAAAUCAUUUUGACGAGUUUUUUUGUUUUGUUCAUCUUUUCAUUUCAUUUUUGGAAACUAGAAUUAGCUAAAUUUAAUUUCUUUCUGCUUCCCCUUGAAUGAAAACUUCUUCAGGUUGUAUUAUUUUGAUAAUCAUACAAUUUAAUCGAACAAUACAAUAAAUAAAACUUAAAAAAAAAACCUAAAAUAAUAAUCUUAAAACAACAGAAGCACAAAAAUAAAAGCAAAAUGAAAACGAAACACCCCGACUGUAUAUGAAUAAUUCAAUUUUUGAAAUUUACAUCAGACACCCAACAAGAAACUGGAAUUUGAAAAUAGAUUUUCAUAUCGAGAAAAAAAUAACCGUUUGACAAA